GCCCUCCCACGUGGCACUGCUGGGCUGCGCGCGCAGCCUGGGGGGGGCUCGCCCUGGCUUCUGGUUGCUGGAUGCUCAGGCUAAGGCAGGGACCCAGCCAGGCUCCUGCCUCCGCCUCCCUCCCCCACCACUCUAGGCCAGGCUUCGGUGGGGGCAACUAGGCCGCCCCCCCCCAAGGGCUGGGGGGGGGGAGGAGCCGGCUGUCGCCAUGGAGAUGGGGGCCGGCGACGCCCCGUCGCCCCCGCCCCGGUACAACGCCCCCCGCUCGGCCCUCUACGCCGCCAAGAUGAGCGCCAUGGCGACGCCACCCGCCCCGGCCCCCAGAGCCCCGGCCACGGCGCCCUCGGCCUCGGCCGGGCCCGGGGGCCGCGGGGCGGCGGCGGGCGGCCCGGCGGCGGCGGCGGCUCCGGGCACCGUGGGGGCAACUGGCAGCGGGGCGGCGUCUCCGGCGGCGUCUCCGGGCAACCUGCCGGCGUCUCCGGCAGCUACCGGCUGCGGGGCGGCACCUCUAGGCAACGCGACGGCGUCGCCGGGCAGCGUGGCAGCGGCGACGAGCAGCGGGGUGGCGUGUCCGGCGCUGACGGACAGCGUCGGCGAUCCGGCGGCGUCUCCCGUGGCAACAGCAGCCGUAGCCACCAUGGCGGCCGCCGAGGGGAUGGUUUCCGUGGCAACGACGCAGCUGGCCGGGGUCGACGUGGUGGCGGGUCCCCCGGAAGCCGUCACCGCGCCGGUGGCCUCUCCCACGCCGUCUGCCGCCAUGGAAACUGCACCCCCGUGCACCCCGGUUAAGCCCCUCCCGGCGCCCUUCCCCUCGCCGGCCGUGAUGGUGGUGGCGCCCAGCCCGGUGGCGCCGGAGACCAGCUCCCCCACUGCGACGGAGGGGCCCGCAGGCCUGGGUUGCACCACCUCCCAGGACACGGGGUCGCAGUCCAGCCUGGGUCCCGGAAUCCCACCUCCCAGGCCCCCGCCGGCUCCAGACACCCUGAGUUACCUGGAUUCGGUCAGCCUCAUGUCGGGCACCUUGGAGUCCCUGAGUGGCCCCGGCUUCCUGGACGACGUCAGCUCCCUGGGCUCGGACUCGGAGAUCAAUGGCUUGGCCUACCGGAGAACAGACAAAUACGGCUUCUUGGGGGGCAACCAGUACUCGGGGAUGCCGGAGAGCGCCAUCCCGGUGGACGUGGCGCGGCAGCGGGAGCUCAAAUGGCUCGAUAUGUUUUCCCACUGGGAUAAAUGGCUGUCACGGCGAUUCCAGAAGGUGAAGCUGCGCUGUCGGAAGGGAAUCCCCUCUUCUCUCCGUGCCAAAGCCUGGCAGUUGCUGUCGAACAGCAAGGAGCUCCUGGAUCAGAACCCCAACAAAUUUGAGGAGCUGGAGCGCCAGCCCGGGGACCCCAAGUGGCUGGAUGUGAUUGAAAAGGAUCUGCACCGGCAGUUCCCCUUCCAUGAGAUGUUUGCCGCCAGGGGAGGCCAUGGGCAGCAGGAUUUAUACCGCAUCCUAAAAGCCUACACCAUUUACCGGCCCGACGAAGGGUACUGCCAGGCCCAGGCCCCCGUGGCUGCUGUCCUGCUGAUGCACAUGCCCGCUGAGCAAGCCUUCUGGUGCCUGGUGCAGAUCUGUGAGAAGUACCUGCCAGGUUAUUACAGUGCCGGACUGGAAGCCAUCCAGCUGGAUGGAGAGAUCUUCUUUGCCCUGCUGCGCCGGGCAUCCCCCAUGGCCUAUCGGCACCUGAAGAAAUACAAGAUCGACCCCAUCCUCUACAUGACGGAGUGGUUCAUGUGCAUCUUCUCCCGCACCCUGCCCUGGAGUUCUGUGCUGCGUGUCUGGGAUAUGUUCUUCUGCGAGGGGGUGAAGAUCGUCUUCCGGGUGGGCCUGGUCCUUCUCCGGAACGCUCUGGGAUCGGUGGACAAGCUGCGCAGCUGCCAGGGCAUGUAUGAGACCAUGGAGAAGCUGCGCAACCUGCCAGCUCAGAGCAUGCAAGAGGACUUCCUCAUCAACGAGGUGGUGAACCUGCCUGUGACGGAAGCGCUGAUUGAGCGUGAGAACACCACGCAGCUCAAGAAGUGGCGUGAGAACCGCGGGGAGCUGCAGUAUAAACCCUCGCGCCGCCUCCAUGGCUCCCGUGCCAUCCACGAAGAGUGUCACCGCAUGAACCCCGCGCUGACCCCCAGCGCCAGCCUGCUCAGCCUCACCGGCUUCAAACAGCGGGCGACUCGCGGUGGUAGCAUGGGGGGCAACUUCUCCCCUGCCCACCCCACGGGCAGCCUGGCCGCCUCCGCUGACCCCGCUCCAGCCGCUGCCCCAGGCCAGGUGGUGUCGGAAGGGCUCCACCCCGCUCUGCCCUCCCCCACAGGGAACAACGCGCCGCUGGGGGGCCCCAAGAAAGGGGGAACGAAGGAGAAGAAGAAGGAGAAGGAGCGGGAGAAGCAGGAGAAGGAGCGCGAGCGGCUGCAGAAGGAGCGGGAGAAGCAGGAGAAGAAGGAGAAGGAGAAGCUGGAGCGGAAGCAGCAGAAGGAGCGCGCCAAGGAGGAAGCCAAGCAGAAGAAAGAGAAGAAGGUCUCCAUGCGCCGGAAGGAGCCCAAAGCCCCACCCCGCGCUGAGGAUGGGGGGCAAGAUGGGGAUCCCCCGGCGGGCUCUGUGCUGCAGGACACUUACUUCUGAGCUGAAGGGGGGGGAAUGACAGCGGGGGGGGCCCUGCUGCCUCCGACCCACCACAGAUUCAGCCAAGGACCAAGGGGUGGGGAGACUCAGAUGGGGGUGGGGUCGCUGACUGGGAGGAAGCUGGAAUCUAAAGGACAAAAGGGUGUCGGGGUGGGCCAGAGAGUAUUGAGCUCUGAGCUACCCAUCGGGGGCGCCCCACAAUCUUCCUCUUGCCAGGUGGGGACCUGCUUAACGACUUUGAAAGCCAAACGACUACUGUGCUCUCCCCACCCUCCCCCUCUUUUCUGUGUCCUCCUCUCCCGUCGGUGGAACAAACAGGUACACCCCUCCUCCCAAGCGCUUUCCCAGAGGUGUGGGGCAUGUCCCCCUCAAGUCUUAACAAGAAUAUAAUUGUAUUAAUAAUCGUCUGGCCCGUUUACUGUAUAUAGGAGAAUCCCCUUUAAACUAUUUAACCACUCCAGCCCUAUGCUCCCCCUGUUCCCUUCCUCAGGAGAGGCUGGUUUUAAGAGCCGCCCUCUUGCCCCCUUGCUAGCAGGAGCACUCCUCUUUGUGCUGUUCACCCCCAAACGCAGUUCUUGUUGAUGGACGCAGGUAUCAAUAAAGUUCUUCUACUUUGACUUUCA